AUGCUAUGUCUCUUUUUCUCUGCUUACAUUGUGACAGGAUACAGGGAUGAUAAAGCACACUCUUCCCCCUCUUCUAUGCAAUGUCUCUUUUUCUCUGCUUACAUUAUGACAGGAUACAGGGAUGAUAGUAAAGCACCUCUUCCCCUCUUCUAUGCUAUGUCUCUUUUCUCUGCUUACAUUAUGACAGGAUUCAGGGAUGAUAGUAAGCUCACUCUUCCCCUCUUCUAUGCUAUGUCUUUUUCUCUGCUUACAUUGCUGACAGGAUACAGGGAUGAUAUUAAUCACACUCUUCCCUCAUCUAUGCUAUGUCUCUUUUUUCUCUGCUUACAUUAUGACAGGAUACAAAGGAUGAUAUUAAGCACUCUUCCCUCUUCUGCUAUGUCUCUUUUUUCUCUAACACAUUAUGACGGGAUAGGGAUGAUGAUCUUCCCUCUUCUAUGCACACUCUUUUCCCUCUUCUAUGCUAUCAUCUCUUUUCUCUGCUCUAGCACAUUAUGA